AUGAACAUACCUACAUGUCCAUAUUUCAUUUUCAGUUUAAGUGCAGUAUUGCUUGUCUUGGCCGAGAGCAAAUCGGCCGGAAGUCGGCACGAGCCACGCAAGUUCCCCGACGGGUUUCAGUUCGGAACGGCCACUGCUUCCUACCAAAUAGAGGGUGCUUGGGGUGAAGAUGGGAAAUCUGAAAACAUUUGGGACCAUUUGACUCAUACCGAUCCAUGCGCUAUCAAAGAUUGCUCUAAUGGAGACAUCGCGGACGAUUCGUACCAUUUAUAUAGAAGAGAUGUAGAGAUGAUGAGGGAACUUGGAAUCGAUUAUUACAGAUUCUCGCUGUCUUGGACUCGACUAAUGCCCACCAGCUUCCCCGAUCAUAUAAACCCGGCAGGCGUGAAAUUUUACAAUAACUACAUCAACGAAAUGCUAAAAUAUAAUAUAACACCUAUGAUUACACUGUACCAUUGGGAUUUGCCUCAAAAGUUGCAGGAAAUGGGCGGCUGGACGAACCCUAACAUUGUUGACUGGUUCGCUGACUACGCUCGUACUGCAUUCGAGUUAUUCGGAGACAGAGUCAAGUUCUGGAUCACAUUCAAUGAGCCACACGUUUUCUGCUUUUACGGCUACGGUGACGUGACCAUGGCGCCGCGACUAAAUAUCAAGGGGAUAGCAGAGUAUUUAUGCUCUAAGAAUAUGCUUAUGUCACACGCUAAAACUUGGCAUAUGUAUGACGAGGAGUACAGAUCGAAACAGAGCGGCACCGUUAGUAUUACGUUAAGCUCCACUUGGUUUGAACCAGAAGAUGGGAACAACCCGGAACAUAUUCAAGCCGCUGAAGAUGCCAACCAAUUUGAUUGGGGCCAAUACGCUCAUCCUAUUUUCUCGGAGAAAGGAGGUUAUCCACAGGAAAUGGUAGACAAUGUAGCUGCUAAGAGCUCGGCGCAAGGGUACUCCAAGUCCAGAUUACCCGAAUUCACCGAAGAAGAAAAGGCGUACGUUCGCGGGACAUCCGACUACUUCGGCCUGAAUCAUUACUCUUCGGCAUUAACAUACAGAAAUGAAACUGUACACGGAUAUCAUGACACUCCUUCUUUGUGGGAUGACAUCAAUGCAAUUAGAUACAAAUCAGAAGAUUGGAAAAUUGGAGCAUCAGAUUUUACUAAAUACACGCCUUGGGGAUUCUACAAACUCCUAACUAAGAUAAGGAAGGACUACAAUAACCCGCCGGUGUACAUUACGGAGAACGGUUUCUCGACGCUGGGUGGGUUGGAGGACGAGGACCGCGUUAAGUACUACCGGGGCUACCUGGACGCCAUGCUGGACGCCAUCGACGAGGGCUCCGACGUCAGGGCCUACACCGCCUGGAGCAUCAUGGACAACUUCGAAUGGAUGAGGGGUUACUCAGAGCGGUUUGGUCUGUACGAGGUGGACUACACGGACCCGGCACGAACACGCAUUCCCCGCAAGUCCGCCUUCGUCUACAAGGAAAUAAUCCGUUCGCGCACCCUCGACCCCCACUACGAGCCCACCGCUACUGUCAUGACCAUCGACGAAGGCCCUCUUGCCGCUCAAUAUAUAAGCAAUGUGCCAAUGGAGUAUCUUCAUAGGAGGUUUGAGAAUAGCAAAAUGUGGAAAGGCGUGCUUUUAAGUGCAGUAUUGCUUGUCUUGUCCGAGAACAAAUCAGCCGGCAGUCGGCAAGAGCCACGCAAGUUCCCCGACGGGUUCCUGUUCGGAACGGCCACUGCUUCCUACCAAAUAGAGGGUGCUUGGGAUAAAGAUGGGAAAUCUGAAAACAUUUGGGACCAUUUGACUCAUUCCGAUCCAUGCGCUAUCAAAGAUUGCUCUAAUGGAGACAUCGCGAACGAUUCGUACCAUUUAUAUAGAAGAGAUGUAGAGAUGAUGAGGGAACUUGGAAUCGAUUAUUACAGAUUCUCGCUGUCUUGGACUCGACUAAUGCCCACCAGCUUCCCCGAUCAUAUAAACCCGGCAGGCGUGGAAUUUUACAAUAACUACAUCAACGAAAUGCUAAAAUAUAAUAUAACACCUAUGAUUACACUGUACCAUUGGGAUUUGCCUCAAAAGUUGCAGGAAAUGGGCGGCUGGACGAACCCUAACAUUGUUGACUGGUUCACCGACUACACUCGUACUGCAUUUGAGUUAUUUGGAGACAGAGUCAAGUUCUGGAUCACAUUCAAUGAGCCACAUGCUUCCUGCCGUCUCGGCUACGGUGACGUGACCAUGGCGCCGCGACUAAAUAUCAAGGGGGUAGCAGAGUAUUUAUGCUCUAAGAAUAUACUCAUGUCACACGCUAAAGCUUGGCACAUGUAUGAUGAAGAGUACAGAUCGAAACAGAGAGGCACCGUUAGUAUUACGUUCAGCUCUACUUGGUAUGAGCCUGAAGAUGAAAACAACCAGGAACAUAUUCAAGCCGCUGAAGAUGCGAACCAAUUUGAUUGGGGCCAAUAUGCCCAUCCUAUUUUCUCGGAAAACGGAGGCUAUCCACAAGAAAUGGUCGAAAACAUAGCCGCCAAGAGCGUUAUGCAAGGGUAUUCUAGAUCCAGAUUACCCGCGUUCACUGAAGAGGAAAAGGCAUACAUUCGCGGGACAUCCGACUACUUCGGCCUGAAUCAUUACUAUUCGAAAUUAACAUACAGAAAUGAAACUGUACACGGAUAUCAUGAUACUCCUUCUUUCUCGGAUGACAUCAAUGCAAUUACAUACACUUUAGAAGAUUGGGAAUUUGGAGCAUCAGGUAAAGUUAAAUACACGCCAUGGGGAUUCUACAAAAUCCUAACCAAGAUAAGGAAGGACUACAACAACCCGCCGGUGUACAUCACGGAGAACGGUUUCGCGACGCUGGGUGGGUUGGAGGACGAGGACCGCGUGAAGUACUACCGGGGCUACCUGGACGCUAUGCUGGACGCCAUCGACGAGGGCUCCGACGUCAGGGGCUACACCGCCUGGAGCAUCAUGGACAACUUCGAAUGGAUGUAUGGUUAUACAGAGCGGUAUGGUCUGUACGAGGUGGACUACACGGACCCGGCUCGAACACGCACUCCCCGCAAGUCCGCCUUCGUCUACAAGGAAAUAAUCCGUUCGCGCACCCUCGACCCCCACUACGAGCCCACCGCUACUGUCAUGACUAUUGACGAAGGACAUUGAUUGAUCUCAAACUGA